GUCCAUGGUAAGUACUGUAAGACGACUCUCUCUCCCUCCUCUCCGCAUCUAAAUAUGAUGUUCUGCUCCAUGUUCGACGAAGCCAAUGUAAGACACAUCGACUAAAUCUGAGAAAUUUUAUUGGUUCGUAGCUCAAUAAAUCUGAACAAUCAGCAAAAACCUUACGUUUGAAGACAUGAGUUUACCAGCUAAUAGUGAAGAUGGCCUGCAAAGCAAGAGUCAAAAAGACAUGAUGUCGACUCUGAGCCUGUCUGAUAAACAAAACGGACAGGGAAGCGAUGAUAGGUGUAAUAAAGUUCAGAGUCCAGCUCAAGAAUUUGGGUUUCAUGCAAGAGAAGGACCCAAACAAAAACACAUCAAAGAAGAAAGGCACAGAUUGAUAAAGAGUGUGAGGAAAAAAACCGUGAAACCAUUUUCUCAGGAUGGACAACAUGAUGACUCAACAUCCAUCUGUGAUCCUUCUAUGAAGCAUAUGGCAGAAGAAAACAAGAAGCGUGAAAAUAAGUUGCAGCAAGCAGUAGAAGGAUCUUUCAUUUCGGGUAAAAACACCCAACCUGGAAGCCAAAGAAACGGGAAACAUCCCUCUUUCGAUUCGGAUGUAAUCAACCAUGUUUCUUUAGUUGUUGCUAGCCAAGCGGACAACUUGGUGAAGGUUCCACAUGCUACACCUCAGAGAGCCUUAGUAGUUUGUUCAGGGAGAAAACUUCUCAUUCUUGAUGUAAAUGGAGUGCUUGCGGAUAUAGUUUCUCCCCCACCAAAGGAGUUUAAAGCAGACAUUUAUAUCUCAAGGAGGGCAAUUUUCAAGAGACCGUUCUGUUUUGAUUUCUUGAAGUUUUGCUUUGACAGAUUUGAUGUGGGCAUCUGGUCUUCAAGAACUAAGAAAAAUAUUGAUAGUGUGGUUGAUUACUUGUUAGGAGAUAUGAAGCAGAAGUUGCUGUUUUGUUGGGUAAGUGAUUUAAAGUUUUUUUCGGUUGAGUUUUCAUGAAAGGCUAAUUCAUCUCUGCCCAUUCACAAAAGAAUGCUUCUGGAGGAAAAAAACAGCAUAUUGUUUAAAGAUUUUCUCUUGGUUUUAAAUUGGUACUAUUUACCCAUACCAUUUUCUUGUGGAUUGCAUAUUUAACUGAUCUGACUUGAUGGUACAUACAGUCAUAGUGAAGUUUGUUACAUUAGUUGAUGCUUUAAGUACACCUCAAUUUGCCUGGGCA